CAAUGUGAUGUUCUUCCAGCUAUCUUCAUUUAGUGGAAGACACCGUUCUCCAACCACUUGGAGUUCCAAAAGCUGUGUAAGUGCUGGCUUCCGAUAUCAUGGUGGCAACAUGAUUGCAACAGACACAGAUGCUUCAGAGUUGCUGCUACGACACUAUGUGUUUGAGGCAUUGAUUGCAGCCAAGGAUAGGUCGCCCUUAUGGGACCAGGUUCAAUUUUGGGAGGAUUCCUUUCUGGAUUCUGUAGCAGCUGAGAGGGAUGCAGUUGGCAUGGAUCAAGGACCUGCUGAAAUGAUUCACAGAUAUGACUCCCUUACUCCAAGUGAAAAGAAGAGACUUGAAGAAGAUGAAGACAAACUCCUUGCGGAUAUGUUGUCCAAUGCCAUAGCGUUCAUGAUUAUGAUGAAAUUACCCAAGCCAGAAGUAAAACGUAAAGUUCGUCGUUUAUUGGGACGGUCUCACAUCGGUUUAGUCUAUAGCCAAGAGGUGAAUGACCUACUGGAUCAAAUCAACAAUCUGCAUGGCAAUGACAUUGAUCUGAAGCCAUCAGGCAGUAAACGUAUGCGGAAACAUUCAUUUGUGGUUCAUGCUGGGACUGACACUAAAGGAGAUGUGCUUUUCAUGGAGGUAUGUGAUGACUGCGUAAUCAUACGUAGUGGAAGUGGUGCUGUUUGUGAUCGCUGCUGGUAUGAGAGACUCAUCAACAUGACUUACUGCCCUAAAACAAAAGUCUUGUGUCUCUCACGAAGACUUACUAGCACAACUCGUCUGGACAAGUAUUACACUAAAAAGUGUCGUGAGUUGUACUUUUGCAUCAAGGAAAGCAUGGAAAAAGCUGCUACUCGUCAAAAAAACGGCAUCUCUGGAGAGCCAGAGUUAGGGGGAGAAUUUCCUAUUCAAGAUGUUAAGAGUGGUCAAGGUGGCCUUCUGCAAGUUACCAUGGAAGGUGUUGGGCUAAAGUUUUCUCAGUCAAAGGUAUGUAAAUGUUGAAGGCAAACCAUCCAU